AUGUCUCCCCGCGUCGUCCUGCGCCGCGCGCUCGCGUGCCUCGUCGUCCUCGCCGCCGCGCCGACCGCGCGCGCGUCGAGCGACGCCGCCGCAGACGCCGACGCCUGGCGUCUUGACUUCUCCGAACAAGGCCCGCACGACGUAUCCGUCGCGCGCGUCGCGAUCCUCCGCGCGCCUCCCGCGAUUCCGACCGACGGCGGCGUCCCCACGACCGGCGGCGAGCCCGGCGAGGUCGCGGUGUACUUCCCCACGUCGCCGACGCGUACCGCGCGCGAGCGAGGCGGCGAGAAGCUCGCGUGCGUGCUGUUCGCGCACCCGACGCACGGGUACCGGUUCGAGACGUGGGCGUCGAACAACGCGAAGCUUCUGACGCACCUCGCGUCCAGAGGCGUCGUGGUCGUCACGCCGACGCGCGUGGGCGAGCUCUCCGGCGCCGGCGCGGACGCGCCCAUCGCGGGCGGGCUGCUUCCGGGCGCGCAGUUCGUGAGGACGCUGUUUCCGCGGUACCAACGCUUUUUACUGCACGCGCUGUCGCAAGUCAUGCGGCGGUCGGAGACGCGCGACGACGGGUUCUUCGCGCCGCUGCGAGGCGCGAUCGAUCCGUUUCGCGCGGCGACGAUGGGGUUCAGCGUCGGCGGCGCGCUGGCCAUCUACGUCGCCGAAGAAGCGCAGCGCGCGAUGCCCGGCCGCGUCAAAGCCGUCGUCGCGCUCGCGCCCACCGUGGGAGACAUCGAGUACGGCGAGGAGCAGUUCGCCCUGCGCGCGCAUCGGCUGACGACGCCGCUCUUGAUGACCGCGGGGAGGAACGACGGUGCGUUCAUAUGA